AAAAAAAAGGACUGAAACUGUGUUUUCCCCCGUAGAAGUAGAAGUUCUGUGGCAUUCGGCUCUUCCCCUUCGUCGCGGUAUCUCACUGUUAUUGUCUUAAAAGAACACAAAAGAAACGAAACAAUCUGCGAAGUGAAUGGUGAUGAUGCACUGGAUUUGGGGUCCCAAGCUUUGUUCCAGAAACGGCGGCGCUAUUUGAUGAACUGGGUUCCAAGCUUCUUCUCUCCGCCCAAAACAAGCCGUCUGAUUUGCCGCGGUCUUCACGCAAGUAAGCAUUUCUCACCCCCAAACUCCGACAACAUUGUCUUCAAAGCAGUUUGUGUUAAUCUUCGACAGAGGAGAUGGAAACUCUUAGAGCAGAUAUCCCCCUCUCUAACCAGUUCAUUAGUCAGCCGUGUUGUUCGCGAGUUUCGGAACUCGCCGCAGUUGGCCUUAGAAUUUUACAACUGGGUUCGCAGGAACAGGAACUUUCCUCAGUUUUUGGAAUCUUCUUGUACUGUAAUUCAUGUUUUGAUCGAUUCUAGGAGGUACGAUGAUGCCUUGUCUCUUAUGGAGAGUCUAAUGGGGGCAGAGGGUUUGCCCCCAUUGGAUGUUUUGGAAGGGUUGAUUACUAGUUGUGGUUGUUCAAGCCCUGCAGUGUUUGAUGCGUUUGUGAGGGCUUGUACUCGGUUCGGGGACUCCGAGGGUGCUUAUGAGGUGAUCAAGAAGCUGAGAUUGGAUGGUUACUGGGUUUCGAUUCAUGCUUGGAAUAACUUUCUUAACCAUGUGAUUAAGUUGAACGAGUUUGAUAGGUUUUGGAAGAUGUAUAAGGAAAUGCUUUCAUAUGGGUAUGUUGAAAAUGUUAAUACCUUCAAUUUGGUUAUUUAUGCUCUUUGUAAGGAAUGCAAGUUACUAGAAGCAAUAUCAGCAUAUUAUCGGAUGUUGAAGAGUGGAGUUUGGCCUAGUGUUGUUACUUUUAACAUGAUUAUAGAUGGAGCAUGCAGGAUGGGUGAUAUGGAACUUGCUUUGAAGGUUUUGAGAAAGAUGGGGCUAAUGUCGGAGGACUGUGUUACGCCCAAUUCAGUUACUUACAAUUGUAUCAUCAAUGGGUUUUGCAAAAUUGGUGGUUUAUCGGUUGCAGAAGAAAUCCGUGCUGAAAUGACCGAGGUAGGUGUUCCGUUCAAUUUGAGGACUUAUGCAACUCUAGUAGAUGGAUAUGCAAAACGGGGGAGUUUGGAGGUGGCACUUCGAUUGUGCGAUGAAAUGGUGGAAAGGGGUUUGACACCUAAUCCUGUUGUUUACAAUUCAAUUAUCCAUCGGCUUUGCAUAGAAGGAGAUACUGAGGAAGCUUUUUCCUUGUUGUCUGACAUGAUUGAGAGGAAUAUAUGCCCUGAUCAAUUCACCUAUUCAAUCCUCAUCAAGGGGCUCUCUAGAAAUGGGCUUGCGACAGAAGCAAUUAGAUUUCAUAGACACAUCCUUGAGAAGAACCUCGUCAAGGAUGUUUUCUCCCACAAUAUCCUGAUCGAUUAUCUGUGCAAAAGCAAAAAUUUGAGAGCGGCCAAGCAAUUGAUGGGCAGCAUGUUUGUUCGUGGUUUACUUCCUGACACCAUCACCUAUGGCACUUUGAUUGAUUGCCACUUCAAAGAAGGGAACAUAGGAAGUGCAGUUCAGAUUUAUGAAAAACUGAUAGUGGGGAAGGAAAAACCUAAUUUGGUGAUAUACAAUUCUGUUAUUAACGGGUUAUGCAAAGAGGCAUCAGUGGAUAUUGCAAAACUUUUGAUGGAUUCGUUACAGAGGAUGGAUGUUCUUGACAUUAUAACCUAUAACACAAUUAUAAACGGGUAUUUCAUCAGUGGGAUGAUCGAUCAGGCGUUUGUUUUGCUUCGGGAAAUGGAAAAGGUUGGAAUUUCAUUGAAUAUAGUCACCUACAAUAUAUUGAUCAACUUUUUGUGCAAGUUUGGGUGUAUUCAACAAGCAAAAGAACUUAUGAAGGUAAUGAUUUCAAGGGGUGUGGUUCCUGAUUUUAUAACAUACACCACACUCAUUACCAAUUUGAGUAAGAAUUGCAGCCCCGAAGAAGUCAUUGCAUUGCAUGACUACAUGGUAAUUGAGGGAGUAAUUCCUGAUAGGCAAACGUACAAAGAUAUUAUCUGUCCAUAUCUUCCAGAAGAAAAUUCAAAGAUUAGCACAGUGCGUUGAGUUCAACAGUACAGCAAGUUGUAUAUUUGUUCUCCGUCAUCUAGUAUCGUUUGUGUUUUAGGCAACUUUGGGCAUAGAGAAUGUGCUGGACUUUCUAAAGUAACAAGAAUCACACAUAUUCAACGUUGUUUAUGUCAGGCAUGGAAGUUAUCUUUUCUAAUACAUCAAUUUUUCAUAUGCUACUCGUCUGCUGACUACAUCCAUAUAGAUAACAAACGGUAACCCUUAACAUAUGAAUCCAUGCACAUAAGUUGUUUGUUCAAACUUGUAUGCAAUCACUGAUCAGUUGUCAUCCUUUGGCUGAUAUUCCAUAGCAAUUUA